UUCCUGACCUGCCAAAAUAACGAGGCCAUCAUUUUCAACGGAGAGUGGCGAGGAAAAACAACUCUUUCAGCCAUGGACCACACGGCCUGUCUGACUAUGACUCUCAAACGAGACCCCACUUAUCAUUACGCCACAACCAUCUCUCCCUGCCUCAUCCUCAUCGUCCUCAUGAUCAUCACCUUCAUCAUGCCCAUCGACAAAGGCGACAGGAUUGGUUUCGGCGUCACCAUUCUUCUGUCCAUGGUGGUGUCGCUUGUGGUCGUCACAGGAUUCCUACCUGUGUCUAGUGCGCUGCCAUUCAUCGCUAUGCUGAUCAUUGUGUGCAUGGCUCUGAUGGCGCUGUUCAUGCUGUCGACUCUUUUCAUCAUCAUCAUCCACGACAAGAAGGGACCGGUCCCAAAAUGGGCGCGGACGCUCUUCCUGAAGAACAUAGCAAGGGCCCUAUUGAUGGGAGACUUGACCAAGAAGCUUAAAAGUGAAGAGCCAAGAAGACCCAGCACAAGUGACAAAGUAAGUGACACCGAAGGAUACGACAACCACUCAUUCAACAUGCACAUCGAUGGCUCAUCAUCCGAAGAGGAAAGCCCUUCUCCGGAUACAAGAAAUGCGGUCGGGACUGCCCUCAUUGGGUUGAAGGGAAGUGUAGAUGAGUUGAAGGUCAGUGUUAGGCAAUUGUCUGUCAGCAUCGACGCCAUGACACAGGCAAGCCGUGGUGAUGACGAUGACAAAGUCGCAGAGUACGCUUUGUUGGCUAACGUCCUCGACAGGUUGAACCUGGUCCUCUACAUCAUCGCCAUCUGCGUGGCCAUACCGUGUACUCUGCUCAUUGGUCGCCCACGGAUCAUCCCUAACUAA